CUGCCAGACAGGCUCCCGGACCCCGUCCGACCACCCCACCCCGCCGCGACUUGCGCGGCUGCCUCGCUAGCUUAGCUGCCCUUCUGGAAGGCACCCAGCGGCAGCAGCGCCCCGUUAGCUCGGCGUGGUGGAGCCGCCGCCGCCGCAGCCGCCACCAGGCCCCGCCCAGAGGCAGCCGCGAGCGAGGCCGCGCCAGGGACGACUGCAGAGCGCGCCUUUUCCAGGUGUCGGACGUAAUCCAACUCCAGAGCCGGAUCUUUAGCCGGGGUUCUCCGCAGAGACCGCAGGACACUUCCUUUCCCUCCAUCCCAGCCAUGCCGGUGACCGUGACCCGCACGACCAUCACGACCACCACGUCGUUAUCCUCAGGCCUGGGCUCCCCAACCAUCGUGGGGUCCCCUCGAGCACUGACCCAGCCCCUGGGCCUCCUCCGCCUGCUGCAGCUGCUGUCCACCUGUGUGGCCUUCUCCCUGGUGGCCAGCGUGGGUGCCUGGACAGGGCCCAUGGGUAACUGGUCCAUGUUCACUUGGUGCUUCUGCUUCUCUGUGACCCUCAUCAUCCUCAUAGUUGAGUUAUGUGGGCUCCAGGCCCGGUUCCCCCUGUCCUGGAAAAAUUUCCCCAUCACCUACGCCUGCUACGCCGCCCUCUUCUGCUUGUCGGCCUCCAUCAUCUACCCCACCACCUACGUCCAGUUCCUGCCCCACGGCCGCUCCCGGGACCACGCCAUCGCUGCCACCACCUUCUCCUGCAUUGCCUGCGUGGCUUAUGCCACUGAAGUAGCUUGGACCCGGGCCCGCCCCGGGGAGAUCACCGGCUACAUGGCCACUGUGCCAGGCCUGCUCAAGGUGCUGGAGACCUUUGUGGCCUGCGUCAUCUUCGCCUUCAUCGGCGGCCCCUCCCUGUACCAGGACAAGCCAGCCCUGGAGUGGUGUGUCGCCGUGUACUCCAUCUGCUUCAUCCUGGCGGCCGUCGCCAUCCUGCUGAACCUGGGCGACUGCACCAACAUUCUGCCCAUCUCCUUCCCCAGUUUCCUGUCAGGACUGGCGCUGCUUUCCGUCCUUCUGUAUGCCACGGCUAUCGUGCUCUGGCCGCUCUACCAGUUCAGCGAGAGGCACGGAGGCCACCCCCGCCGCUAUUCUGACGUGGGCUGCAGCAACUGGCACACCUACUACGUGUGCAACUGGGACCGCCGACUGGCCGUGGCCAUCCUCACGGCCAUCAACCUGCUGGCUUACCUGGCCGACCUGGUGUAUUCGGCCCGCCUGGUGUUUGUCAGGGUCUGAGGCUCUGACCAUGACCGGCGCUCUCAAGUCCCACUUGUCGGCCGAGGUUUCUUUUCCCCAAGUCCUCCUUUCCUCUUCCUGGCUGCCUCUCUCCUGUUGCUCUCGCCUUUCCUUCCUGUUUUGUUGGGUUGCCCACAUGCUGUUUUGCUUG